AUGCUGCUGCUUGCAGGCACCUUGUUUACACUCGCGUUCGUCAUAUACAAGAAGAUUUUAUAUCCGCUAUUCUUUUCUCCCCUGGCGAAAAUACCGAGCGCCCACCCACUCGCAUCAGUCAGUUCGCUAUGGAUUCAAUGGAAACGCUUGACCAACAAGGAAUUCGAUGCAGUAGUCUCUGGGUUUCGACAGAAGGGCCCGUAUAUUCGCCUUGCGCCCAAAGAGGUGGCAGUCAAUACCAUGGAAUGCGGUGUUAAAAACAUAUAUGGCAUUGGCAAUGACAAUUUCGACAAGGCGCCAUGGUACAACUUCUUCCAAAAUCAUGGGCGUAGAAUCAGCGGAGUGUAUUCGAAGUCGUUUCUCCAAUCAUCUCCCCAUAUUCGGGCAAUUCUAGAUGCCGUGAUACAGCAGCGAAUCCUUCCCAUACUCGCCCGUACAGCUGAGAAAGAGGAGCCAAUCGAUAUUUUGGCGCUGAAUCUCGCCUAUGGGUUGGACUUUGUUUCUGCAUUCAUUUUUGGGUUGCCUCGUGGGGUCAGGUUCUUAGAAAACACAGCCUCUCGCGAAGACUGGCUUGAUCUAUACGACCAAACCCACCCAUCCAAGAACAUGUUUUGGCUGACAGAACAUCCUGUGCUGUCUCAAGUGGCGUCGUUAUUCGGCAUCCCGUUGAUCCCUAGAAAUUUCCUUAAGGCGAAACGGGAAUUGGAAAACUGGGCUAUGAAACGCAUUAAACUCUCAGAGGAUGUUCUUAGCAACAACCCAACUGACGAGACAAUUAGUCCUGGACAUAUGCCUCUUUUGUAUCAUGCACUUAAAACAGGAAUAGAGCUAGAACAAGGCGAAAAGAGAAAUGGAAGGUUUGAACCAAAUAACAUUCAGAGGCAUGAGCUUGCGAGUGAAUGCCUCGAUCACCUGGGCAUAACCUUUUCUUACGUUAUCCUGAACCUUUCGCGAAAUCUUGAGAUCCAGGAGCAAUUGCGACAAGAGCUGCUGUCAAUCUCGCAGCCAUUCCGGUACCAUAAUGAAAAGAGGACUGAGCUCCCAACUCCCCAAACAUUGGAGGCGCUACCUUUCCUGAAUGCAGUGAUCAAGGAAUCUCUCCGCCUCCGAAAUACGGCUCCGACCCUCAAUCCACGGAUAACUCCGACAGGUAGAAAGGUUACAAUUGGACCAUGUGAUAACGUUCCGGCUGGAACCCGGGUGGGUGCCUUUGCCUGGUGCCUUCACAGAAAUGAGGAGGGUUACCCCAACCCAAGGACGUGGGAUCCAAUGCGAUGGAUUGUUGACUCGAGCGACCCGAAAGCUGGAGCUAGGGAGCGCUGGUGGUGGGCGUUUGGCAGCGGUAGCCGUCAAUGCCUGGGCCAAAACCUGGCCUUUGAAUUGAUGCGUUUUGCUGUUACUGCCAUUUAUACCAACUUUAGGACCAGCAUUAUUGAUGAUUCAGCUUUCGCUGGUGAUGAAACAUUCGUGACAGGUGAUGGCAGUGAGCAGCUUAUUCUCAAGAUUGAGCGGGUUGAAACAUAG